GUAAAAGCUUGCAGUCCAACUUUUUCUUCGAGUCUCGUCACGACAUGACUGCCGGACACUGCGUACAGCGGCUCAUGGCAAAGCACCAGUAGAUCUGUUUUUGAAGGAUUAUCUUUUUUUAAAAGUCCAUUUUUGCGUUUUAACUUUGGUGGAAAAGUUGGAUUUGUUGGCCGGAGUCUUCACGAGCGAGAGGAGCUUCCUUGGACAGUCUGGGUCGACUUACCUCUCCAGCCUUUUCCACACACUCUGAGAUAUCAAAGGGAUCCUGGAUGGACCUGGGUGACAGCAGCUGGUCCAUGGUCAAGCGAGAAGUGUCCAGUAGCCCGGGGUCUCCAACCGAGCAGAGCUACAUACCUGGGGACAGGAGGGACCGUCACACAUCCGGCGAGCUGAGAUCAUGCGUGCCGCCGCCGUCCUCCCUAGGGGCAGUGUCAGCCAGGCGCCCUGAGGGCAGGUCUCUGCACUCCUACGGUCACUUCGGGCAUCCAGUCAACGCCUUGCAGGCUUCUGAGGAUACUGCACUAUUCACGGACUUGGACCAGAGCAACAAGCUCAUCAUUUCAGGUGGAGGACCCAAGGGUGGGCUCAUAGUGGACCCCAGCGAAAUGUACCAGACCCUGGCCAUUGCCCAGACUCAGGCAGCGUAUGAGUCGCCGUCAGCCAGUUAUAUGCACUCCAACCCCAACUCUCCGGUGUACGUGCCCACCUCACGGGUAGGGCCCAUGAUACCUAGCCUGCCCUACCUGCAGCCCACGGUGUCAUCGCAGCCCAGCCAUGGGGUCAGCAGUCACCCGGUGUGGUCGCAGGCUACUCCCGAAAGCCCAUCGUACAGUGCCGGAAGCCCCCACACCUCCAGUCGCUUCCACUACUCCCCAAGUCCGCCCAUGAACAACGGCACCUCAAGGGACUCAGGCUACUCAAACCCACUCAACAGCAACAGCCGGGACCAGUACCUGCCCCGACCCAUCAGUGGAUCCUAUGCCAGCCCAUACUCUUCUUAUGUAGGCCCUCAGCUUCCACAGCUAUCUCCAGCCUGGCCUGCUGCCCCCUUCGAUAACUCCAUGCUUCAUUCUUUACAGACCAGGGGACCACAGAUUUCAAUCCGACCAGGGCCUGGAGAUCUGCUGGAAGACGUGCUGGAGGCGCGGGAGUGCGUGAACUGCGGCUCGGUAUCCACCCCGCUAUGGCGGCGCGACGGUACCGGACACUUCCUCUGUAACGCCUGCGGACUCUACAGCAAGAUGAACGGACUGAGCCGACCAUUAAUCAAACCGCAGAAACGCAUGGCAUCGUCCCGACGUCUGGGUCUCUCAUGCGCGAACUGCCAGACGAGCACCACGACCCUGUGGCGGAGAAACGCGGAGGGCGAGCCCGUCUGCAACGCGUGCGGCCUCUACACUAAAUUGCAUGGGGUGCCAAGACCUUUGGCUAUGAAGAAAGAAGGAAUUCAGACGAGAAAAAGGAAACCCAAAACCUUGAACAAAACAAAGGGAUCAUCCGGAAGCAGCUCUGUCCCCAUGACUCCAACAUCCUCCUCCUCAUCUUCUUCAUCCUCCACUCCGGAGGACAGCUCGAAGAAUAGUCCUCCAUCAGCACAGGUCACUGUAACAUCCGUGAACUCCUCUGCAUUGGUGGGUCAGGUGGAGGUUCCAGGUACCACAGGCUCCAUAAUGAAGUACCCCGGGCAGGAGGGGCUUUACACAAGCGUGGGACUGACCUCCAGCACUGACGUGGCGGCGUCUGUGCGAGGAGACACGUGGUGCCCGAUGGCCUUGGCCUGACGCUCGCUGACGCCCCUGGCUGGAGCUGGAACCCGCCUCGCUGUACUCUGAACGGAUCGGCCCAGGCGUCGCCUGCUUCCGCCACGGCUGCUUCUGGAGCUGUCCUCCCUUUUCCUGGUCCACAUCUAUGUCCGCGUUCUUGUGUGGCUGCAUCGUACCGAAGGCUACUGCUUCUCCAGUUUUGAUUCGUUUCCGGAGUUUUGAUUCGUCCACGGAAUACUCUGGAUGAAUAUUUCUGGAUGUUUCCAGCAGACGAUGGAGACUAUGAGUGCCAGCGAACCGGACCGUUGGUCAACCACAACGGUGGUUCAAUGGUGGCGGUUGCUGUGACGUUAGUUGGUGCUCAGCACAAGUGACACUGCGUGGGUCUGACAAAGUGUCUGAGGUUUCCUUGUGUACAUAUUUCUCUGCUGAAGGAUAUUUUCUCACACCUGGAUUGAAGAGAGAGGAGAGGAGUUGAGUGGAGUUGGGAUAAAAAGAUCUGGACAGGGGACAAAGAGACAACUAAAAAAAAUCUGCUCUUUUAAAACAAACCAAACCAAAAAAAAAAAGAGAACGCUAAGUUUGAUUCGUCCAUAACUGGAAUUGAAGAUGUUCCCUCCCUGUUUCCGUCCUUCCUUCCUUGCUUUCUAAAUGAAUGAAUGAUAAAAAAGAAAUGUAUUUAUAUUGCUUGUUCAACUUUUUAUGUUUGUCGAAAUAAAGCUAAACCACAGGGGUUGGACAUUGAAACUGAAACAUCUGUCAUCAUUUUAGUGUGGGAGGUUUCAUUCAUGCUAAAUUGGAGCAGCCUGGUGUUCAAUCUUCAUUAAUUUCACAUUAUUGCACCAGUAAGAGCAGAGUGUGAAGGUUCAAUUAGCAGGGUAAGAGCACAGUUUUGCUCAAAAUAUUGCAAUGCACACAACAUUAUGGGAUUAUGACACACCAGAGUUCAAAAGAGGACAAAUUGUUGGUGCACGUCUUGCUGGAGCAUCUGUGACCAAGACAGCAAGUCUUUGUGAUGCAUCAAGAGCCACGGUAUCCAGGGUAAUGUCAGCAUACCACCAAGAAGAACCAACCACAUCCAACAGGAUUAACUGUGGACGCUGUAAGAGGAAGCUGUCUGAAAGGGAUGUUCGGGUGCUAACCCGGAUUGUUUCCCAAAAACAUAAAACCACGGCUGAUCAAAUCACGGCAGAAUUCAAUGUGCACCUCAACUCUCCUGUUUCCACCAGAACUGUCCGUCACCACAAUCAAUUACUGUGCUCUAAAACCAGGUGUUUCAGUUUCAUUGUCCAACACCUGUAACUGUCCCUUAGAUUAGGAUCCUUGUUUUAAAGUCUCCCUUUACGAAAAGAUAAAAACAGCGUAUCUUCGUUUUUGCAGUGUGGCUAACGAUCACUAACCGCUACACCUUCCACUAUAUGAUGAGAUGAUAAUAAGAGAGCUCUUAUUGAAUUUGACUGUAAUCGUGAUGGUUUAAUACAGGGUAUCAGAAAUAAUAAAGAGGAAAAAAGAAAGGUUGCUUCUAGCUUUUUGUUUGAUUUCGUAUUCGUGUUGCAACAGAUCAGCGGCCAAUCAAAAUUCGGAUUGAAGUACACGGUACUAGUGCUGAUUUGGACUGUGAUGAUUUUUUUAUUUUAAAAAGAACUGAAAGGGCAAUUUUUUAUUAGUAGGGUUCAAUUCUAGAAAGUGCGCAAAUACUCAAGAUUACAGUAUAACACCGUUAGAACAAACAGCACUCAGGAAUUUCUUUCUGAGGCAUAUUUUCUUUGUUACAAUACACAACUACAAAAUACAAACACACAUAUAUACAGCUCUGGUAAAAAAAAUUAAGAGACCACUGAUUCUCUUGCCAUUUAUAGGUUCAUGUUUCAGUAAAAUGAACAUUGCUGUUUUAUUCUAUAAACUACAGACAACAUUUCUCCCAAAUUCCGAAAUAUAAUACAAUUUUCUUAUAGAGAAUUUCUUUGCAGAAAAUGAGAAAUAGCUGAAAUAACAAAAAGAUGCAGAGCUUUCAGACCUCAACGUUAAUCAGAAAUCAAUAUUUGGUGGAAUAACCCUGUUUUUUAAUCACAGUUUUAAUGCAUCUUUAUAUGUUCUCCUCCACCAGUCUUACACACUGCUUUUGGAUAACAUUAUGUCUUUACUCCUGGUUUGAUUGCUUGUGAUCAUCCAUCUUCCUCUUGAUUAUAUUCCAGAGGUUUUCAAUAUGGUAAAAUCAAAGAAACUCAUCAUUUUUUAAGUAGUCUCUUAUUUUUUUCCUGAGCUGUAUAUGUUAGGGCUGCACAUCUUUUAUAUAACAUUUAAUGACAUAUAUGUUGCCAUAUAUUGCUGUUUUUCUUUUGCUGUUUAAUUUAAAAGAAAAACAAACAUAGCUGUCUAAUUUUCAUGACACAUACAUGACAUAUCCAACCCAAAAUUGGAAUACAAAUAUCAUGCAAUGUUGAAUUAUUGAACUAUGGUGUAAAUAUACCUUAAAAUCUGAAUAUCUGAUACCUGACAAAUAUACACACCUUAAAAAAAAAAUAAUGUGCAGCCCUAAGAUAUGUUUAUAGUCACUGGCUUGUGAAAACCUUGUAUCUCAAUUUUUUUCAGAUGUAUUUCUUUUUUUUUUCUUUUUGAAGCAAAAUAAUCAAACAAACAAACAAAAAUCCAUAUAUCAACCAAAUAUAUAUAUUUUUAGUAUUGUAUUUAAAUUAUUAUAUUAAAAGUGCUUUUGUGGAUUUAGAAAUAUAAAUCCGAAACAAAUUACGUUUUAGUUUGGUUAUGUACAAAAUAUCCAAAUUAAGAAACAAAAAAUAACAAAAGAAAUAUUGAAGGAAUAUAAGUCUAAAUUUUAAGUCCAAUUUUAUAAGUCCAAUACAAAAAGUUCUUCCUGUAAGUUUGACAUAUGGUUUUCAAUUGCAAGGGCUCCUUUAUUAUUUCAAUUAUAUAAAAUUUUUAUUAGGAAUUGACCAAUAGAAAUGCUUUUGAUAGACAUUUUUGAGAUUCAAGAUUGUUGCAUGACAGUUACAAUAUAUAUUUUGUAGUUGUAACACAUAACAUAACUACCUAACUUAUGGCAUUGUCUUAGCAAUGCUAAUGAUUUUAAUAUUUCUGUUUAUUUGUUCGUACAAUUAAAUAAAAUAAACAAAAUAAACAAAAAAACAAAAAAUAGAGUACCAGUUAUGUUGUAUACACUGAAGGAAAGGGACAUUUUUUAAUUUUUCAUUUUUUUGUUUAUUUGUACAAAACCCCAAAACUCAAAAAUGAAUGAAAAACAUGUAUCUCCACAUAUUUUUUUCAUUGUUUUUUUUUUUUCAUUUUUCCAUGUUUUAAUUCUGUAGCAGUUCUGUGUACACUGUGUAAAUGCUUCUGAAUUUAAUGGAUAAAUAGAAAUGUUCUAAAAUGACUUAAUUAUACUCUUAUUUUAUGUUGACUUCCAUUUAGCAUUAAAAUAUUUUGACUUCUACUUAAGUUAAGUCCCCGUUUUGGAGAUACAUGUUUUUUAUUAUACGUUGACGAUGGCCUCCUGUUCCGCUUCCUGACAAGCAACCUUAAAAAAAGGUAUUUCCGAGUUAUUACCUUUUUUCCCCCAAUUCUGACAUUAAAUAGAGUUUGGGGAGCACUAGAAGGACCCAUUAAAGUAAUGUAAACUCAUGAAGGUAAAAUUGAAAAUUUUCACAAGAUAGCAAUUUUUAUUUUAUUUUUAAUUUUUAUUUUUUUAAGUGAAAGUGUAAAAAUUGACACUGUGUGAAAAAAAAUCACAUGACAAGCGACAAUCCUUCUUCUACUACUACUCUUAUGUUUUCUUCGCUUUUAAGACCUUUGGAGUUAUUUAUUUCUUAAAUGUGGUGUGUUUCUUAGAGGUGUUUUCUUAUUUUAUUUUGGAUUUUAAUGUAUUUUUAUUCUGUGGUUGUAUAUUUUUUGGGGCUUACUUUCAGUUGAAACUUUUAAUUUUGGGAUUUUAAACAAAAAUUGGAUCUUCCCUCCGCCUUAGAUUUUCAUAAUUUUCUGGUUUGAUGAUGUCAGACCUCAGAUGAUCUCAGAAAAGUCUAAAAGUAUUGAUCACUGUAACAAAAAAAAAAUCCCAAAAGACAUUCGAUAUUCCUUUUUUAAAUGAACAUUUUUUUUAAGUGAAAUCACAGCUCUGUCCCGAAUAUUUUCUGUGUUUUAAUGAGACGCCAUGUCGAACAUGUAGAAUAUCAGCUGAGCUCACUGAAUAGACGUAUUGAGGGGGCGUGGCUAAUGUGGUGCACGCCUCUCAAAUCCCUGAAAUCAAGCCGUUUAUUUUACUGAAAGUGUUGCAAUCCUCCAGAUGAGUUCACCCACACUGGAAAAAUAAACAACAGCAGUAACA